AUGCACGGCUUGCACGAGUUCCAAAAUGCAUGCCCGAACGCACGCUGGUGCUGGGCCGGCCUGCAGCAGAUGCCACAACUUGGCGGUAUCACAACAAAGCUCCUCGACCAUGCGUUUGACAAGUGCUACUGUCCACAGUGUGCGACAUGCGACCCAGACGCGGAUAUUCGCACUCGCGAUGGCUGGGUGCGUUUCGGAUUGCAAGUGGAGGAAGGUCGGAUGCUCGCACGCGGCACAUGGAUGUGGGACAAAGCAUUCCACGGCACGAAGGCAGCAUCUAUUGAGAAAAUCAUCGAGACGGGGUGCCUCCUCCGGCCUGGCAGCUUCACAUCCACCGGCUACUUCAUCGACGUGCGCGACGGUCACAUCGACGGCGGCUUCUAUCGUGACAAAUCGGUGGACAAGCCGCUGCGGGAGGGACGUGCCGGCUUCGCAACUCCGAAGACGUUCAUCGGCAAGGUUCGCGAAGAGUUUGAUCCUCGCCGCCUGCUCUUCGUCACACCGAGUGUGGCCUAUGCUGCGGACAAGGUCUACGCUCAAGAAGUCACGCUGAGCGACGACUCAAAGAUCACGGUACUUCUCGAAAUUCGCAUGAAGCCUGGUUUCUACGACGUUGGACCGAGCACCGUCAGACACUCUGUGUACGACCCGAAGAUUGAUGAGGAGGAGAUGGAGUGGUAUACUGAUCGCUGUGGCGUCCAUAUGAUCACCGGCCUGCUUGUGCGGCGGAAAUCGGCGCCUACUUCGAUGCUUGCACGCGGCCUUGCAGCACUUGGUUUCUAUGAACCACCUCAUGGCCACCAGCUCAAUGAGGUCGACUACCUGCCUGGUAAUGAGGUUGACUACCUGCCUGGUGCCACGGUUGAUAUCAAAGAAAUGCUGAGCACGCUGGAGAAUCCACAAACGUGUGCGCUUAAGUGCCCGUCCAGCAUGAUCUGCUGGGCAGCUCUGCAGACACUCAAGGUGAAUCCUCUCUUCUUCGACCAUCGCUUCGACGAGUGCUUCUGCGACGAGUGCUGCGCCAGCCGCUGCGAGAAAGCCGCCUAUGCUCGUGGAGCUUCUCUUUACGUCACCCCAAAAGGUUGGGUUGGCUUCGGCUUGCGGCAUCACGCGGGGUGGCUUGGCGCAAUCCGUGUCUUUGAGGACUGGCAUGUCGCAUACCACGGCGUCGUCCCCGACGAUCUCAAGACAGUCAUCGAGGCCGGUGCCCUGCUGUUCCCCGGUGAUGCUGACCAUAAUGGUCGUGCGAUCAAACCCCGCGACAGCGGCGAGCGCGAGGGACGGGCGAUGCGAGGGGGGCGCACAUCACCAGUGGCCCUCGACGACGAAGACCGCAAGAUCCGGCAGCACUCAAUCUUUACAUCGCCCUCGCCUGCCUACGCAGGAUCACCUGUUUACGCCAAACCGUUUCAGUAUAACGGCUGGCGCUUCCAGGUGGUCUUGAUGGCGCGUAUUAAACCCGACAGCUAUCGCGUGGCCGCGUCAACGCUCACCGAUACGCCAAGAGACCCCUACGUGAAGGAGAGCGAAAUGGAAUGCUUUCUGCUUGCGUUCUUUCUACAAGACAAUGGUGGAGUGUUUGUUUGGAGUGUGUACAUCGAGCUGGUCAUGGAUCCGGCGCAGCAGCAGCACAUCGAGAGCGCCGUCGCCGCCUUCUAUUCCGGGUCGCAGGAGCAGAUGGCGGCCGCCGACGGCGCUCUCUCUCAGGUGCGCGCCCAGUGGUGGGACGCCGGCCCGUGGCGGCUGCUCGAGGCGCUCUGCCUGGCCAACGCCGCGACACCGACCGUGCUCUGGGCGAGCGCGCUGACCGAGCAGUGGCUGCGGCGCCGCUGGCGCAGGAUCUCGGAGCCGGACCGCGCCAGCUGCCGCCUCGCCGCCGUGCAGCUCGUCAUCGGCGCUCAGCAGAGCCGUGGCUCGGGCGGGCGGAAGCGGCCAUCCCUCUCCGAGAACUCGCUCAAGUCGUCCAAGCUCGAGCACCUGCUCGCCACGCUGCUGCGCGCCGACUGGCCCUCGGGCUGGCCCUCGUUCGUGCCGGACCUUGCGCCGCAGCUCGACGACCUCGCUCGGCUGCGCAUCCUGCUGCUGCUCGCGGAGGAGGCUCGCGCGGUGCUCUCUCUCUGCCAGCGAGCCGUCGGGUCCGGUGCGGAGGCGCCCGCCGGCAUCGCCGCCGGAGAGGCGGUCCGACUCGGACUCGGGGUGAUGUCGCGGCUCGCGGCCGCGCUGCCGUCUGACCUCCUCCUCUCGCCCUCGCUGCUGGCGCCGCUGCCUCCGCUGCUCGAGCGGUACCGCUGCCCCGUGCUCAAGCUGCUCGCCGAGGCUUGCCGCACGCAGGCGCCGCCCGCCGCCUCGCCACACGCGCUGGCGGCGCUUCACGGCUGCAUGCGCGACGCCCUCGACGCGCUCGCGCCCCGGCUGCCGGAGACACUGCUGCGCGCGCUCGGUAGCUCGCAAGACACGGGCGCGUGGAAGUGGAGCGAGGCGCAGCUCGACGACCUCGCCGACUGGCUCGCCAGCCUCUGGAGCCGGCAGCGCGCCGCCCUCGCCGGCUCCGCGGGCGGCCUCUCCCUGCUCCGCGACGCGCUCGCGCUGCUCUCCGCCCUCGGCGACGCCGCACCGCGCUGCUCAGAGAGGGAGCGCAUCUGCAUCGACCACGCCUGCGCCCUCGCCGCUGACGCGCGCGCCUCGUCGGACGGCGCGGACCCGGCCGCCGCCGCCGCCGCCGCGCAGCUGGCGGGCGCGUUGGGUGGCUCGCUCGAGGGCGCGAGGACUUGGGCGGCGGGCAUGCUCUGCGCGCGGAUCGGCAGGCCGGCGGGGAUGCUGCUGUGGGUGGCGCCCGACGAGGGGGAGGAGGAGGAGGACCCGGACGUGUCGGAGGAGCUGCCCACCGAGGCGAGCGCGACGGGUGACGAGGAGCACGCCGCCGCCGCCACCGCGCUCAAGUGGCUUCUCGCGACGCAGCCGCCCGCCGCCGCCGC